UCAGGCUCGAGGGGCGCUCUCGGCUAGGGGCCUCAGCCGCGCGCCAACAUGGCCAUCGCGCACAUCGCCACCGAGUACGUCUUCUCGGACUUCUUGCUGAAGGAGCCGUCGGAGGGCAAGUACAAGGGGCUGCGGCUGGAGCUGGCCGUCGACAAGCUGGUGACCUGCAUCGCCGUCGGGCUGCCUCUCCUGCUUAUCUCGCUCGCCUUCGCCCAGGAGAUCUCGAUAGGGACCCAAAUGAGCUGCUUUUCACCAAGUUCAUUUUCCUGGCGCCAAGGAGCUUACGUAGACUCUUACUGCUGGGCAGCAGUGCAACAGAGGCAGCUUUCGUGGGGUGGUUCCGGACACCUUCCACUCUGGCUUCAUAAAUUUUUCCCAUACAUCCUUCUACUCCUCGCCGUCUUACUAUACCUUCCAUAUCUCUUCUGGCGCUUUACCGCAGCACCUCACCUUUUCUCCGACCUGAAGUUUAUUAUGGAAGAACUCGACAGAGCCUACAACAGAGCGAUCAAAGCUGCUAACAGUUUCCGUAAUGGGGAAUCGAAGGAUCAGUCUAGCCCAUCACCUGUUAUUCUGGAGAACACAGGUCAGAGUUUGUGGGAGAUAUCCGAAAGCCACUUUAAGUACCCGAUGGUGGAACAGUACCUGAAGACCAAGAAGAGGUCCAAGCACUUGAUAAUCAAGUACAUCAUUUGCCGUCUCCUGACCCUGACGAUUAUUCUAUUGGCCUGCUUCUAUCUGGGCUAUUAUAUUAGCCUUUCCUCUAUGACCGAUGAGUUCAUCUGCAACCUCAAAACCGGGAUCCUGAAAAACGAUACGACUGUUCCGGAGCGGGUCCAGUGCAAGCUGAUCGCGGUCGGUGUCUUUCAGCUGCUCAGUUACAUCAAUUUAGUUGUGUAUGUGCUGUUGGUCCCCGUCGUGAUCUACGCCUUGUUGGUCCCAUUCAGACAGAGUUCAGACAUCUUGCAGUUAUAUGAAAUUCUGCCCACAUUUGACGUUCUCAAGGUCCAAACAAAGCACUACGACGACUUGAGCCUCUACCUCCUCUUCCUCGAGGAAAACAUCAGCGAGCUUAAAUCCUACAAAUGCCUGAAAGUUUUGGAGAGUCUGAAAGGCAACGGGGAGAAGUUUGACGCGAUGCAGCUCCUGACGAACCUCGGCACGAUUAAAACAGACAUGGUAGAUGGGAAGUCAGCCGUCCUCAAAGACGACUCUGGGAAGAAAGUGGAUGGAGAGGCUGCAAAAAGCACAGCAGAAUUAAAAGAUUUGGCUCCACCGACAUCAACGGGAGAGGGAGGAAGAGCAAGUAAAGAAGAUGGCAAAGUUCGUCAGAGGCUUCUGGAUUCCUCUUGCUGAUGGUGCUCUAAUUGGUGAUGGGUUGAUUACAAGAGGUCUUCCCGUAUACUCCAGCAUAUGCCAUUGAACAACAGAUGGCUGCUGUCUUGAUGAGAAUGAAAGAGCUAGGACUAAGGGCAAAAGAGUUUACAGACGUAACACUGAACCUAUGUUUACAUACCUGAGCAGCCUUCUGUGUCUAAGGGCAUGCCAUUGAAUUCAUUUAUGAAAACUCUGUUGUAAAAGAACAUUGGGGGAAAUAUGGAGUCCAUUAUUAGAAUUGGUUCCAACGUGGAUAGCUGGGAGAAUCAAAGGAACCUGAAGGAGGGGGUGGAAA